CCUCCCCCGGCUUGCCGCUCCCCGCUCAGCUUCCCUCACAGGCCCCUCCCCAGAUCACAACAAGAUGAGCCCCCUGCUGGCCAUGGGCGCCUUCGCUAGAGCAGCGCACAUCACCGUCAAGUCCCCCACGGCUCGUCUCGGCAACCGCAUGUUUGCUUCGAGCACAGACGCCACCACCCAUGUCGGUCGGCCGCUGGCCAAGAAAACCACUUGGGAGCUGUGGCGAUCGCUGCUGGUCUUCAGGGUCUGCACCAUCCAGCCGGUCGUCAAGCACGCCGACCGCAUCAUCGCGGCCUUCGACAGCAUCGGGCUGUCGUCGCUCUCUAACCUAGUCAUCAAGUACACCUUCUACAAUCAGUUCUGCGCCGGCGAGACCCCCAAGGAGAUCAAGUCGCUCAUCGACAGCUACCAAGCCAACGGCAUUCGCACCCUGCUCGAAUAUGCCUACGAGUCCGAUAUCGAGAGCCAAAAGUCGGGCGGCAUGUCUCCAGGCAGCAGCUCUGUUGUCAAGGCCCUUGCCGAUACGAUCGACUAUGCUGCCCUCGGCAAGGACAGCUUCACGGCUAUCAAGAUCACGGCCCUGCUCGAUCCGCAGGUUCUGGAGCGCAUCAGCAACGUCUGCAACCGCAUCCAGGCUUCGUUCUUUGCCUCUGUGGAUCUGGAGCGCACCCCGAGCUUGUCUGCAGCACAUUCCAAGAGUGACCUCGUCCGAGUUCUCUCGUCGUUGCUGGACAUCCCAGCACAGGAAGCCGCUGUCCUUGCUGAUACGCUGUUCCCAAAGAGCUCGACUGUCGACUGGGUAGACUUCAGCUCCGUCGUUACCCCCAGUAACCCCGUUCUCAGAGGGCAUCUGUCAAAGUUGGCCAUCAAGGAUGAAACCUUGGCCUCUGCCGCUGACCUGGAUGCCCUGGACAGGACCCUUGAGCACACCAAAGCGCUCUGUACCCGGUCCAAGCAACUCGGUGUUUGGAUGGCCGUUGACGCAGAAUUCUACUACUGCCAGCCCGCUAUUGACCAUAUCUCGCGGGAGCUCGAGCGCAUCUUCAACAAACCCAGCCAGCCGGGCGACUUGCCCCUUGUCCACAACACCCUGCAGUGCUACCGCAAGGAUGCCCUGUGGAGACUCAGCGUGGAGUCUGAGCGGGCUCGGCGACUUGGAUAUGCUCUAGGCAUCAAGGCUGUUCGGGGCGCCUAUGUCGUUCACGAACGAGCCAGGGCCAAGACCCUGGGUACUCCCGACCCCGUUUGGCCGACCAUCGAGGGCACCCACUGGUCCUACAACACCAUCAUACAGCUGAUGCUCGAAAAGAUCGCCAGCGGCACCAACGCUGGGUUGGUGAUUGCCGGGCACAACGAGGAGUCUGUUCGGAGAGCUCGCGAGAAAAUGGCCGAGCUCGGCAUCGAGAACGAUUCACCUCGAGUCAGGUUUGGCCAGCUCCAAGGAAUGAUGGACCACCUCACCCUCUCCUUGGCCAACGAUCGCUACCGAGCCAUGAAAGCCACCUGCCAGGGCCCGGUCAACGUCUGCAUCCCGUACCUGAUUCGCCGGGCGCAGGAAAACUCCUCGGCCCUCGCUGGUGCUGGGCGAGAGCUGCAUGUCAUCUGGAGCGAGCUCAAGGCCCGCCGGCUAUUCUUCUAGCGAUAUUGCGGAUGUUUGAAUCGCGGCGGAGUGAAUGUGUGGCAGACCGGCGGGUGGGAAGGCCAAGAUGCUGUCCAUGCUCUUGUCCUGCCUGUCUCUGCGCUAUGUGUUAUGUGCUAUGUGCUGUGUGUUGUGUACUGCCCAUACCCGAUCCCUGGGAAGCACCAGCGUCUCAUCCUUCACCAAACGACCGCCUCAGGCUUCCAUUCAGUAGAUCCAGAAAGAAACGGGACAGUCGUAGGCUCCAGUGGGCAAGCCGUACGACUAUUUCCCGUCCUGGUUGGCAAUCUCUUUGUUUUCGUUGGCUUGGUCUUGAAUAUACAUGGUCGAUCUCCUGUGUCGAUGUGGGAG